UUUCUCUCUUUCUCUCUCCUUCCCUCUCUCACCAUCUCUUUCUCCUUCUUUCUCUCCCCUCUCCUUAUCCCCCUCUCUCCUCCUUCAUUUUCUUUCCCUUCCUCCUUCCCCUUCCUCUCUAUCCUCUCUCCUCCCCUCCUUCCUUCUCCUUUCUCUCUCCCUCCCUCCUUCCCCUCCCUCUCCCACCAUCUCUUUCUCUCCCCUCUCCUUUUCUCUCUCUUGCCUUCUCUCUCUCCAUCUCUCCCCAUCUCCUGCUUUUCCUUCCUCUCCUUAUCCCCCCUCUCUCCUUGUCCUUCCUUCCCUUCCUCUUUCCUAUCUCUCUUCCCCUCCUUCCUUCCCUUUACUCUCACCAUCUUCUUCCUCUCCCCCUCUCCUUCUUUUCCUUCCUCUCCCCAUCCUUCUCUUUCCUUCCUUCUCUCUUUAUCCUUCUCUUUCCCUUCUUCUCCUUCCUGCCUGUCUUCCUCUCCAUUCCCCAGUCUUUCCCAGCCUCCCUGCCUCUUUCCUUCUCUGCGCCUCUCUUUUCCUGCCGCUUGGGGGCGCUGUUUCCUUCCCUUCCCUUCCGCGCUGGGGCUGGAGCGGGACUACGUGACGGAGACCAGGUCCACAAUGAACGCCGGCAGGCGGCGGGGGAGGAGGGAGGACACACAAAGCGAGCCCCAAAAAUAGGAGGGGGGAGGGGGAAAGAAAGAAAGGGCGAUCCAGGUCCCUUUCCAGGCGCAGGCUCGGCCUCCCCCCUGCCUGCCUGCCUGCCUGCCUCCCAGGGAUGCCGUGCGGGACUUAAGGGAUUUGACGCAGCCAGGCAGGUGAAGAGAAGGAGUUGCUUUGGCUUCUCCAACAAGAAUACAACAAGAAGAGAAGACUCUGCACCAGAUACAACAAAAACCACUUGAGCAGCAUUAAUAUAACACCAAAGAAAAUAAACAUAAGACCUACAAAUGAAGUGUGACAAUUGCACCAAAAAGGAAUGUAAUAAAAAACAGAAAAAUGGGGACCGACAAAAUGCACCAGUUGAUGUACUCAGUUCGAAUGAGGAAAAUGCAGAGCCAAGCGAAUUCCAUAAAUUGGCUAAUGCUAAAAUAUUCCUGAGUGACUGCCUAGCUUGUGACAAUUGUGUAACAUCAGAUGAGGCUGCCAGAGUUUUCCAGCAGAAUCAGAAGGAGUUCUUCCAUGUAUUGAAUCUUAAUAAGAAAUGUGAUACCUCAAAACACAAAGUGUUGGCAGUGUCUAUAUGUCCUCAGUCCUUGCCUUAUUUUGCUGCUAAAUUCAACCUCUGUGUAACAGAAGCAGCCAAGAGACUUUGUGGUUUCCUCAAAUGUCUGGGUGUGCAUUAUGUGUUUGACACCACUAUAGCUGCUGAUUUUAGUAUUUUGGAGAGCCAGAAGGAAUUUGUGCAACGCUAUCGCCAUCAAAAUCAAGAAGAACAUGCCUUACCAAUGUUUGCUUCAGCUUGUCCAGGCUGGAUCCAGUAUGCUGAAAGAGUCCUCUCCAGCCUCGUAACUCCACACAUUUGCACUGCAAAGUCACCACAGCAGAUCAUGGGUUCCCUCAUAAAGGGUUACUUUGCCAGGCAGCAGAAUCUUUCCCCUGAUAAAAUCUUCCACAUAAUUGUGGCGCCUUGCUAUGACAAGAAGCUGGAAGCUUUACGAGAGGAUGUUUAUGCCCCUUUGUAUCAUUCACAAGAUAUUGAUUGUGUUUUAACCUCUGGUGAAGUCUUCCAAGUCAUGGAGCAGACAAAAGUAUCCUUGAAAGAAGCAGCUGAAGUGCCCUUUGAUACUUUAUUUGGUGGGAUAAAUGAGAGUGAUUUAAUGCGGCAUGAUGGAAGAAGGUCAGAUGGUUACCUGGAGCACAUAUUUAAACACGCUGCCAAGGAACUGUUUGAUACUGAAGUGAAGGAACUCACGUACAAAGUAUUGAAAAACAAAGAUUUUCAGGAGGUCACACUAGAAAAGGAUGGUGAGACGGUGUUGCGCUUUGCUGCAGCUUAUGGCUUUCGAAAUAUCCAAAACAUGGUCCUGAAGUUGAAAAAGGGAAAGUGUUCCUACCAUUUUGUAGAAGUUUUAGCCUGCCCUGGAGGGUGCUUAAAUGGAAAAGGUCAGGCUCAGACUGAAGAUGGAAAACCAGACAAGGCUCUUCUCAAGCAAAUGGAGGAAGUGUAUGCUGCAGUUCCUGUCCAACUUCCAGAAACCAAUGGUCAUGUGCAGAAACUUUACCAGGAAUGGUUGGAAGGAAUGGACUCUGUGAAAGUCCAGCAGUCGCUGCAUACAAAGUAUAGCUCAGAAAAACCAGUUGCUAACAGCUUGGAUAUCAAGUGGUGACCACUCAACCACUAGACUUGCACUAGGUUUGUUGUACAUGCAGCACUGGCAACUAUUCUAUGCAAGAGACUGGGGCAUCGACACAAUGUGUGAAAAAAACUGGAACUGUCUUUCUUCUCCAUUUGAACUGUGUAAAGUCAGAUUGUUUUAUUGUAUAUUUGGACCAUAUCUAUUUAAGCAGAGCCCAACAGUGUAUGUAUCUGAGGGGCACCGAGCUUCUAGACUUCCAAGAUGAAGCAUCAUAACAAGAUCAGAGCAUGCUGGAAUGUGCUUUGAUCUCAGUCACAUAAGUAGAUAAGUUGGUUUGCCAAGAAUCCAGUGUCAUGGAUUUCACUGGUCUUAAAAAGGAAUUUUGCUAAAUUGACAGUUCAUCCAAGACUUUGUAUAAUUGCCAAACAAUAUAAGAUACCAAAAUAAGAUAAAGCAAACUUCAGUAAUAUAAGUAAGUUCCUACCAUAGCACACCACUACCACUUUAUUGCAUUAAGAGGAUACUCUCAGAUUGAAUUGAGCAACAAGAAAAACUAGGAACUCUGCCACCUGCUGGUAGUGAAUUUUUAUUGACUUUAAUAUCAUUUGUUUUCCUCUUUUGGGAAAGUAGGGAAAGUGUCCUGUUCUCUCCUUCCAUUUUUAGCCUGUUGGUCUUUCCCAGGGAAUACUGAGAUCCUAACCUUUCAGUGAGAUUAAGACAUAUUGUUGGACAUUCUCAGCCAAGUUCAAGACAGAUACUUUCCACAUCUUCAGUAUCUUGGUUUUCAGGCAAUCCGAGUAAAGUAAAUAAUCAGAACGAUGGAAAGAUAACAUAACUGCAGAUGCAAAAUGGGAUUAUUGGGCAAAAGUUUCAGGAAUGGGCAAGUUGAAGGUAAUGAAGCUGGAGAUAAAAGUUAUCAGAUACAGAGGCCACUGGCCUGAAACCAGAAUACCCAAAACUGCAGAAAUGAAACAGAAGUUAAUGUGUGUAUGAGUGUGUGUGCAUGUGCCUUCAAGCCACCUCUCAAUUUGUAGUGACCCCCACAAACUUCAUGGGCUUUUCUUAGGCAAGGAAUCCUCAAGAUGUAGUUUGCCAUUUCCUUCCUCUGAACUAUAAACUGGUUUCUCAUCCAAGUGCAAAACAGGGCCACUCUUGAUUAGCUUCCAAGAUCAGACAAGAUCUGUUGUCUUUAAGUUUUUUGGGCUCCAGAAAGUAAUAGUGUUAUUGUGUGCCUUCAGGUUGUUUCUGUCUUUUGGCUACCCUGAGGUUAACUUACUAUGGUUUGUUUGUCCUGUUUUAUUUUUUACAAGAUUUCAACAUGAGGAGCUUUGCCUUUGUCUUUCUCUGGGGCCAAGAGAGAGUGUGACUUGCCUAAUGUUGUUCAGUUCCAUGACCCAGUGAGGAUUUGAUCCUGUUCUCGAGAGUUAUACACUCAAACCACUACACCAUGCUCUCUCCGAAGUUAAUGUUCCCUACUGUUAAUAUACUUCACAGUACUCUUACCUGCUUAAUGGCGAAGUCCUGUGUGAUUUUUUUAAGGUUAUGUCUACUUCUGUUGGCUUUAAAUCCACACAUGUAUUUUAAGUCCUUGGAGAGUUUAUUGUACUUGAAUCUUGUCAGCACAUUCCUGAACUCAGUGGCAUUUAGUGAGCAGAUAUGCCUAGGACUGCAUGAUAAGUUACAAAAAGUAAAGCACUAAGCUAACAUACAAGCUCCCAUUUGUGACAUUAGUACAUGGAUAAAAGUACAGUGUAUGCUCACUGAAAUGAGUGGAAAUUGUAGACCAGCAGUAUAUGAUGGACUGUACCCUCUUAAUGUGAUUUUAAGCAGUUUUUUUGCAUUGGGUUGCAGAGUUGGAAAAUAUUCCCAAAGAUUCUCUUCACUUGUUUUUAAUUUGUCCAGUCUUGUCCCUUAAAAAUAUUUUGGAGCAGCACUUUAGCCUCUCCCCUAGCUUCUCUUUUGUGUGCUUUUCUGCCCUUAGCAAAAAAUAUGAGUAAUCUUUGUUGUGAUUUUACCAUGGCAUUCACACAUUCUUCCAGCAUUUGUAAGUGUCUGCCAUAUUAAAAAAAGGAUCUUAAGGCUGUCGUAUUUACACUGUAAGAUUUGAAACCUCAUUAUUGGUGCUUCAUUUCAUUUCAAGUGUCUUCAGUUCUUAGGCAGAUUCUCAUGGCAAUAGAAGCAAUUUCCAUAUGCAGUGAAGCUUUUUGCUCAGAAACAAUUUAGUACAAGGUGAUAUAGGAAACAAAAUUACAUUUGACAUGACAUUUGACAUGGGGACAUUUGAGUAGCAUGUCUUUAAGCAGUAUAGCCAAGGUAUAUUUAAAGGUUCACAAAAUUCAGGUUAGGCGUAUAACACUUCUUUAACAUAAACUUUGGUCCCAAAGUUAGAAAUAAUAUGGAAAGAAUAGGGAUAGGAUCCUACACUCUAAAAAAGAAGAGUAGUUCAAGAAGGUUUACCAAAACAGUAUGCACAUAUAAAAUUAAACAUGAUACGAAACGUUUGGAUAAGUAAACAAAAAUAUUUUGUACCUUCUAAAGACUAGUUGAAAGCAUCUUCUAAAAUGCAUCCAGAUUUCUUCCCCUUUCAGCAGUCUCAGCUUUUAUUUGAAUUUCCACUUUAGUGCCCAAAUGUAAUGAUGUUGUAUUUUCAAGUCACUUCUGACUUACGGAGACCCUAGGCCAGGCAUGGGCAAACUUUGGUCCUCCAGGUGUUUUGGAAUUCAACUCCCACAAUUCUUAAAAGCUGGUAGACUGUUAGGAAUUGUGGGAGUUGAAGUUCAAAACACCUUGAAGACCGAAGUUUGCCCAUACCUUCCCUAGACCAAGGGGUUUUUGGCACGAUUUUUUCAGAUGAGAUUUGCCUUUGCCUUCUUUGAGGCUGAGAGCAUGGGUCUUGCCCAAGGUGACCCAUGGCUGAGUCUCCAGAGUUGUAGUUCAAUGUUCAAGCUGCUACAUCAUGCUUUUUAAACAUACUUUGUGGGGUGGGGAUAGUCUUGAAGCUAAUUGCCCUUUUCUGUCUAUUUUGGUUUUCACAUAAGGCCAGUAAGGGAUGCUAGAGGAAGCUGCUGUCAUUUUGCCUGCUGUAGGCAAACACGCACAACUAGAGAAAGAUCAGCUGAGGAGUAUCUUGCUCAUCCAAGCUUUACUGUUAUCUUUACUGUAGAUGCAACUGUUCCAAACCAGCAAUUGAAGGUCUGUGUUUCUCCAGUUCUUCAUCCCUCUCCCAAUGCAAACAGAGGGGUGAGCAGAAAAAGACUUUGUAAAAAGGGCUUCUUUGUCAGAGGCUUUGUUAACUGAGGUAUUCCUGUAUAUAUUUUGCUUUGCUGUCUUAGUAAAAGAAAAGAGAGAAAAAGAUCAUUUAAGACAGGUACACAAACAAUACAUCCUAGUGCCAGGAAAAGCACUCAUAGUAGCUGUGGUAGUCCUGGACUUGCAUGUGUAUAAAAUCAAAAGGGUGUCUCUGCGUGGCACUUUGUUUCAAUACUCCUGGUUCUUAACCAUUUUUGUAACAUCUCACAUUGGUGCCUUCUGACCCUCAGUAGGAUAAGGCAGCCCUCUCUAACCUGCUUUAGCCUUCUGUUGACCAUGCGGGCUGGAGAUCAUGGGAGUUGUAUAUCAACAUACUUAGAAAACCCUAACCUUACCACAGUGUGUUGAAAUGUGUUGGCUCAAUUAUAUUCAUGUUUGUCCUGAGUGUGUCCUGAAGGGGAAGGAGAUAUACUGGGUUUUUGUAGGAGUGUUUUCCAUAUUUCCACCUGUACAAAAGUUGCAAGAGACACUUCCAUAUGAACGUACCCAGAGAGGUCUACAUUCCUAUGGUAAAAGAAAAGGGAUGUGCAAUCCCUGAUAACUUUGGUAUGAUGGUAAUCUGAUUUUUUCUGUAUUCAUGAUUCAGAUGUGUGUCCCUCAUAUAAAGGGAGAAAUGGAGGACACCUUGUCUUAAAUGCUGUAUCUUAUUUUGCAGCCAAUUUUGUAUAUAGGAAUUCACUAUAUGUGGAAGAGUAUCUGUAUAUAUAUAGGUCCUUGGUACAAAUCUGGAAUUUAGCUUUGCGAACUUAGCCUUCAAAGCAUUUCACCAGGACAAGUCCCAAGAGAUUGUACUGCCUGCCAUUUGCUGUAUCAAAAUGAAAGCUUCCAUUGUAUCAAAAAGCUGCAUCUGUGUUCUCAAGUGACCAAGGUUAAAACCUGAUGUUAUUGUACUGUACCAAGAACAGGGGAGCGAGAAGCAAAGUCACAAAAUUGUGCAGUUCUCUUUCCAAGAGAUAUAAAACUGGACAAGCUGAACAAAAAUUCAACUCAUUGGAACCAUUACAUUUAGAGUGGCUGGCCCUGGAUUUUGUGCAGAUAUGCAUAACUUGGAAUUAUCUGUAGAUCAGACAAGAAGGAGUAUCAUGCCUUCAGGAAAUUCUGGCUUGGAACUCUAAUUAAACAGCUCCUGUGUUUGCCCCUCUGGUGAAGCUAUUUAAAUGAAAAAUAAACUAAGCCACUGCUUUGCGCAUUCCAUAAUCUCAUAAAAUUCAAAAGGGCUUUCUGCAUCCCUUUCCCUUAUAGAGUAUUCAGGAACCCGCAGAACAUGCUAACACAUUGGAGCAACAUAUUACAGAUUCAAAAUAUUCCUUGUUCUUCAUAAAUUAAUAGUAUCUUCAGUUAGGAUCCAGCUCUCAUGAAAAGUCUAGACUAGGUGGCAUCUCAAAACACCUGAAAUCCAUACUACAGACCUGCUCUUGAUAGCAUGAAAAUUCAUUCAAACAGGGCAAAACUGCACACGCACACAAUUUUACAAUUUUUCUAUACAUGGACUCGUAAGAUAUAAGGCAUGUUAACUAUAUUAGAUCUGUUACAUAUAUCAAGACAAGGUUUCACAGAGCGACACAGCAAUGCAUUCCCACUUACACAGAAAUAAUGAAUUUCUGCUUACACAAUUGGCAAAUGAAUUGUUCAUUUAAAAGACAAAUUGUCUUGAAUUUACUUAUGUAACACCAAGAUGCAUCAAGGUAAAAUGAGACUGAACCAAAAUCACUAGAAUGUAGUUCCUUUUGUGAUUGCACACACAGCACUUGAUAUUGAGAUGGUGCGAGUAAAAGCCAAUAAGAGUGUGAUCCAUUAACGACAACUGUGAAUUGUUAUAAACAUUUGUGCAGAACAUGGACAUUAAACUGUCCACUAGGUUCUUUUCCCCCAGGAAAUCCAUUGUCUUGCGCUUGGUGUAAAUUCUUUGCAUCUUGUUACUGGGAUCAGCAAAGCUUAGGAGGUGGAGCAGAAAAUGUGUCUGGGGAAAUCUAGCUUUCAAUGUUUUUGUUUUUUUCAUCUGAAUGAUGUAUGAAAUGCUUCAUUUUUUAAUAGACUGGAAUGCGAAAAAGUCUAUGUGUAUGUACAGAUGUACAUGUGCUUUAAAGAUUUUUUUCCUCCUUUUUUAGGAGUUUGAAAAGAUUAAAACAGAUGAGAAGUCUUCCUGCACAGUCAUAAAA